UUCUCAGUGUUUCUUGCGACCUCGGACGUCAAGCAUUGCAAGUAUCGCGCGCGCGCUCGUCGAGCUCGUUGCGACGCAACAUCGUUGUUGUCGUCGUCCCCUUUCCUCCCCCUUCUCCUGGCAAGGCCCCGCAUCUCUCCUGGCCACGAAUUUCCAAUUUCCAGUGAGACGACCGCGACCUUGUCCUCUCUUCCCCCUCGCUCCUCGCCCGGAAUAGUCGACACACAUUCAUUCGCGGAUCGAUUGAUAUAGUGAUUAAAAACUGGCGGUGCUUUCGGGACCCUUCGGAGAUUUCGAUCUUGAGUUCAAACCCGUGCUGAUCGCAGCUCGCACACUUUCCAUCCCGAGUAUCUCUUCUUACGAGGCUUUUUUUCGUUUGUGCUUCAACCAUGGGCUCGAGUUCGUGCUUUUGGAUUCUUGGGACCGUUGCGAUCUUCAACGUAGCCGAUAUUGCUUUUGCCAAUGUACAGAGCAAGGUGCGAUGCUCGCAGGAUCUCAUGGAAGUGGACAUCGUCAAGAGUACUCCGGACGCCAGCAUAUACCUUCAGCAAUUGAAGGAUUAUCCAGACGAAGCGUGUAAGCCCACGCUGAGCGACGGCGUCGCCACCUUCAGACUCGCUCUCGAUGAGAAAAACAUGUCGAGGUGUGGAAUCGCUCGAGUGGUCAAUAAAAUCACGGGUCAGAAAGUGUAUUACCAUCGGAUCGUAGUCGAAGAACCUUCGACAUCGAGUAAGAGCCUAUUUACGGUCAAAUGUAUCGUCACAGAGCUUCUCCUUCAAUCCGACAGAUCGUUAAACCACACUGCUUCAAGGAGAAGCGUCCUUCCAGCGGGAUUUCAAGAAGCCGAAACCGACGAUGCUGGUGAAAUACCCGGGGAAGCACCGAUACCGAGUUUGGGUGUAGGCGUCAGGCAGGGAGGAACUCUCGUCACUGGCGAGCUCAACGUCAGUCCUGGCACUCCGUUACAGAUGGAAAUUUUUUUGGACGAAGUAUCCGCUCCGAUCUAUGGACUCCUCGUCACUUAUAUGCAAGUCACCGACACCAAAUCCCAAGAGGAAACUAUUAUUUUCAAUGGGUGCUCGGUGGAUCCAUACCUUUUUGAAAACUUUAACACGGUCGACGGUGAUUUCUUGACCGCCAAAUUCCGGGCUUUCAAGUUCCCAGAAAGCACUUAUGUCCAGUUCAGGGGCACUGUCAACGUCUGCCUUGAUAAAUGCCAAGGGGUUGAAUGCAGUAACGGCCACAUAGGUUUUGGACGAAAAAGACGAGCCAUUUCCAUGUCCGGACCCGAGAUGAAUAGAGAAUUUGAAGUAACGAUGUCGACGUUCAUUAAGGUGGACUUCCAAGGUGAUGAAAUGGGAGAUCAAGCACUCUCGGAAUUCAUCAGGAAAGGGAAGAACCGGACGAACGAGCGAUCCGUUAUCGGGGAGGAAAUUAGAGAACAAUUUAUUUAUAAAGAAGAAUUGUUCUCGAAGAGUUCGUCUGAAACCACGAGCCUCCUUCACGCCAGCAGUUGUUUUCUCACGUUGCUCUGCCUAUUAACAUAUUAUUAAGCUAAAAGUAUAGCUACUGACAGUAACACACCGAAUUGAAAUAUAACAAAGCGAGCCGUAACUUCAAGCUACUUGCGUAAAACCAAAUCGCGAAUAUAAACGUUUGGGUAAGUGCGCCGGAUGCAGGACACUUACCCACAAAUUCGAGUACUUCAACUCUCUAAAGUAAAGACAGUAACGAUUGCGUCGAAAUGCACGGAGAUAAUGGCCCGAUUUUUUACACAAGGAACGUCACAAUAUAAAAAUAACGCCGAAGUGCACACUAAAUUGAAGAAGAACGCAGCAUCAGAGGAUGAAUUCAUUUUUCCCAAAAUAUUUUGAACAACUCAAACGGAUUUUUAUUCUAAGAGCUUCUUCGCUGUUAGUUGGCCAUUUCACAGGUAGUUUGAUAAAAUCGUUGCAGCACUGCCAUUUAACUUGCAAUCCAUGUGGUGCGGCUCAAAGGGAAUCGGUUGGAGAACGACGUCAGCGAGAACCCGAUAUUCGGUGCUGUUCGUCGAAAACGAGACAAAUUAUGUCAUAAUUUUUUUCGUUUUCAAUAUCGAUCCAAUAUCGAAUAUUCGAGGAUGCUCUGCACAAAAACAAAACUGAUGAUACGAAUGAUAAGGCGAUUCGCCUGGUUGUGUUAUAAAGUUGUCCCUUAUAACGAAGCGAAUCGAGCAGAUAUUCAAGGAUCUCUGCGCACUGCGACCGCCAACGAAUUCGAAAAAACGAUUUUUUAUAAAAAGACAUUUGGCCUUUGCGCGCGGAGAGAUCCGAGGACCUAGUCGUACGGCAAUGUAACAAUUAAUACGUGACACACGAGUAAUGCUGAUCAUUCGAUCGAUUAUACCGUCCAAUCUCGCUAAUGUGUAAGAUUGAUGGAAAUAAACCGAACAAUAAGUGAA